AUGGUGGACUCCAACAGGGAUGAGUUAAUAGUCUGUGAAGAUGAGGAUGUACACAUUGAUGGGGACAUAAGCAGACAAAUGGCCAAUGGGAAAAGAGAAGAGAAUAAGCAACAAGGAAAAUUAGUUGAAUCAAGUAAAUACAGAAACAUGCUCAUAAUUACACUGGUUUGGACACAGUCUAAAUUGAAAACACCAAUGUACUUUUUCCUGUGUAACUUGUCCUUCUUAGAAAUAUGCUACACUUCUGUCACCCUUCCAAAAAUGCUUGACGAUCUUCUACAUAUGCAUCAAAGGAUUUUUGUCAUAGGUUGUAUUGCCCAGUGUUACUUCUUUUUUGUGCUUGGAGCCAUUGAAAACUACAUUCUUGCAGUAAUGGCAUAUGACAGGUAUCUAGCUAUCUGCAACCCCCUUAGAUAUUCAUCCAUUAUGAGUCAUGUACGUUGCUGGCACUUAGCUCUUGCCUGUUGGUUCUGCAGUAUAUUGAGUUCAUUUUUGCCUUUAUAUUGGUUAUGCCAUUUAUCUUUUUGUGGUCCUAAUCAGAUUAAUCACUUUUUCUGUGAUGUCAUUCCUUUACUGAAUAUUUCCUGCACCGAUGUGUCGAUGUUAAAAACUUAUUUUUUUGUUUUUCUUUGGAUUAUUGUAUUUGGCUGCUUACUAUUUAUUAUUGUUUCUUACUGGAAGAUCAUUUUGACCAUUUUUAGAAUACCAUCUGGAAAGUAUAAAGCGUUUUCUACUUGUGUAUCUCACUUCACUGUAGUACUUAUAUAUUAUGGUUCUGUGAUAUUGAUAUAUGUGAGGUCACCUAAUGAGCAGGCUUUUGAAUAUGACAAAAGUGUAUCAGUGCUUUAUGUUGUUGUGACUCCAUUGCUUAACCCAAUCAUUUAUAGUUUGAGGAAUAAGGAAUUAAGGAAAUCAAUGAACCUAAUUCAAAUUAAUUUCUUUGGAAAUAUUAGAGGUGGUAUCUUAAAAAUCAUCUAG